AUGGAGACUCCCGGCGCGUUUGCCAACGCGACUUCCUUCUUGCCGUCGCCGGCGGACUUGCUCAUGGCACUGCCGCGUCUGUUCUCCAAAGCCAGCUCUCUUGGCGACAUGAUGCGCUCGGGCGGAAGCGUUAUCGCGGAGCCGACAGCCAACUUGACUAACAGCACCAUGACAACUGCAACCCCUGGCUUUGUGCAGGAAUCCAUUGCUGCUGCGGCUUCGGCGGCUGCAGCACCUGAGGGCGACAUGACAGUAUGGCAGGCCUUGAGGAAUGUAGCUGCCUGGUUCAGCUACAUCACUUCCAAAUGGGCCAUCGCAACCUUCGCGAUCGCAAUCAUCCUCAACAGAACUCACUUCUAUGGAAAUAGUCGCGUUCCGCUAUCCUUCGACCGCCUUUACCUCCGUUUCGCUCUCUACAUCAUGCCCCUGGUUCUGUUCCUCUACCAAGCACAGAGCAUCCUACGAGCCAUACGAUGCCAAACCUCGCCAGGGUGGUCGACAAUGCAAUAUGGAGCGGACGAACGGCAGCUGGACACAGACUUUGGCGGCGAAGGCGGUUAUCUGUGGCAAGUGGCAUCGGCGGUGCUCUUCUGGGAAACCACCGAGGACUCAUGCCGAGCUGCAAACAUGCUACCCAUGGAUCCAUCAGGCACGCGGUCCUCUGGGUCACUAGCGCUUCUAUGGCCCAUGUUUGUGACCCUCGGUUUUGGUCAGUUUGUCGAUACCCUGGCGUGCGCCCUGCAGGGAAGACGUCCAAUCCAGGAAGUCGGAAUGACCAUAUUUGAACAUUCGCUCGCAUUUGCAGAGGCAGAGGCAGUGGUGACGAAGCCGCUGGCGGUCGAUUCCACACGCUUCUUCAAACCAAAGUCGGUCUUCACCCCAGACGGCACCUCCCUCAUGAUUCCAAGGUCGAAGCUUUCCAGGAUGGCCAACGUGCCGCCAGAAGUGUUGUUGAUAUCUCUCAUCUCUAGUGUAAGCCACUUCAUAAGCAACCUCUUAGCAAUUGCUGGGGUGCGCUCGAGAUGGCGAUUAGUGACGACCACAAUGUGUGGGCUAGCAUACAUGUCAGCUUUCGCCUGGAGUUGUGUCCGUCUCACUAGGAUGGUCACUGAUCCAGAUCACUAUGUGGGCAUCUUGAGAUUUCCCACUGUCUGCAUCAUUGGAUUCAUCCCACACCUGCUGAUACUCGUGGGCAUUGCAGUGUGCGCACUAAUCUACCUCUUGGCUUUUCUUGUCACCGUAAUAUCCCCGCCUGCAGGACGCACCGAAAAUCUGACAUUGGGAGAGAGGUUCUCUUUGGCCUAUGGUAAUCUACAUGCCAACAUUCAUCUAUCCUCGAUCACGCCCCUGACCAUCAACUGGCACGAAGACUUCUACACCACUAUACUCAAGGUAGGUUAUGUCAUUCUGACCUCGGCGAGUGAAGCCGUGUUCCUUAACGAGGGAACUAGAGUCAAUGUCCAUGCAAUGACCUGGCUUGAAAAGCAGAGAUUACAGGAACUGCUCGCUCGACGGCGAAAAACCAGAGAGAUGAUCACCAACAUCCCAUCUGAACUCAGAAACGAUACAUUUGCGCAGGGCGUUGAGGUGACUGACGAGCUUAGUGAUGUCAGGACGGAUACAUCAUCGUCAGGCUACGCAAGAGAGCGCAAGACGCGAGGUAUAACCUCUGCAGAUUCUUCUAAUGCCAUGGGACAGAAUGACCCCGCGCUCCAGCAACGCAGUCGCUAUCUCCAAACAUACCAAUUCUUCUUUCGCAUAUCAAAGUUGAUCGUCCUCAGCCUUGCAAAGAUCACAGACUGGGCAUUGGCCAAGGUGGGGAUCAGCUACCGGCCUAGAUGGCUACGACGUACUGUGGGACUUGUUGAUGACGAUGGAAAGAUGUAUGCUUCAGCAGCUGGCAUAGGCCGAUACCAAAACCAAACUACAUCAGCAAAAGAGCCAUGGCUUACCAUGGAUGACCGGUCCCGAGUCCGUCAGAAUCGAGAAUUCGACGUGGAGUCGUUCGCAAAGGAGAGGCUCCGACAGAGUGGCUUCUACUCUCAACCAGAUGCCGAGGACUCAGAGGAUCGUCUCGACGACUAUCUGUACUCCUGGUGGCGCAACGGCAGUCUCUGGAACGAGGUUGAUAACAGCCGGGACUAUGUUGUUCCACAAGACGACGACACUACGAGCGUCGUAUCCUAUGCUACCACGACAGACAACGAUGAAUGGUCAGACGUUGACGAUGGCCAAAGGACGCCUACACGCGAUACAUACCAGCGGAGUCGGGAAGAAACACCCUUGGCUGACGAUGCAAUGGAUUUCUCCCGUCUUUCUCAACUCCUCGACCCAAAGACCAGGGAGGACCGAGAGGAAGCCAAGCUGCUGUCACGCCAUCUCCAGAGCUCCAACAUCAUGACACGCUCGCAGUACCGCAGGGCUAUGGAGCGCGAAGAAGCUAAGAUCCUAACAACAUCACGCUACAAAAUGGGUGAUAGUGUCAGCAUGUCUGCAGAAGAAGAGGAGCAGCUUCUGGAAGACCUCAUCCUCAGUCGCCGGAGCGCGGCUGCACCGCAGGGCGCGAGCAAUGCUGGGAGCUGGGACACGGGAGCAGAGGGCAUGGGCUCGGAGGGACCACAGUGUGUGCUCGGUCGACUGCCCUCAUCCACGAACCAUUUCCACAAUUUUAUGCAGCCAGAGCCUACAAACGUAUCACAAAACGUUUCCCACGUACAGACCUUUCCCGACCCCGCCACCGCAUCCCAGCAUGGACAGCACCGCAGCGAUGACUUGCAGGACUCUCUGCAGCCUCACUCGGGUGAGCUGUGGGGUGACACGGGAACACCGCCCGAUGCGACGCGUCCAGACAAGGCCAACAAUGGAAUCGUCGAUACCGUGCAACCAGACGGACUGAAGCGCAUCGCGUCCCCCUCGCCGCCACCGAGGGAUAGAAUCACUGAAUACGAGAAUGCGCUGAAGAUUUCACCACGGAAACCUGCUGAUGGGCCCCUGUUUGAGAUUAUUAAGAGUAACAAGAAGCCUAGCGACAAGAACUCUCCUAUCUCGAAGCUGCCAAAUGAGGUCCUGAUUCACGCCAUUGCCCACCUGUCGCCGAACGACCUUGCUGCCGUUUCCCUUGUCUCUCGCCGUUUCCAUGAUGCAGUCACCACCCCACACGCCUGGCAGGUGGCUUUUGGUCGCUAUUUUCCCGGCCCCCUUUCGCUCGAAGACGCCGCGUUCCGCUCAGCUCUUGAGGGCGAUGGCUUGGUCGUGCGGUCAGAAAAGAGACGCUUCACUAGGCUUACGGCAUUGGCUUCGUGGAGGAGCGAGUACAUUCUACGCACCAGACUCUUGCGGUCGCUCGUUAGAGGCAAGCCUGUGCAGGUUCCCUCAACACCAUCCCGCGCUGCUCAGAUGCAGACAGUCACCCCAAUGAUAACCUACGAUGCCAAGACGUAUACCAUCAUAAACCACUUGCAGGCCACGUUUGGGUCUGGUCUGAAUAAGAAGAUGCCGCGUUUCAUUCAUGGUGCAGACGAUAUUGGCAUGGUCACCAGCAGCGAUCCGACGACGGGUAAAGUCGAUCCGUGGGGACAAAGCGACCCCCACUUCUACGGUCAAUUUUCAGAACGCUUUCCUGGUGUCGCUGAGUGGGGACUGGGCUCCGGAGAUGUUGUCGGACGGCCCAACGUCAUGGACAUAUCGCAGCCGUAUGGCAUGAUCUAUGGCCAGGGCUGUCCAGAAGGCUCGUGUUACUAUCGUUCCCUUGAGGAGAUGCGCGGUCGCUUCAUAGCCGAACCCAGCGAUUUCAGUAUGCCAGAAGUCGGUAUACCGAAGCUAGGUAUCGACGGUGGUGCCAUCUGCAGUGUCUGGAUCGCCAAGUCGAGCACAAUCCCCACGCUCUCGGAGGGUUUGGUUGGGAUGAUGAUGGGCUCUGCAGCUGGUGUCGUCAGUGCCUGCAGUAUUGGUACAGAUGGUCUCCGUACAUCUCGCGUACAGCGUGGCGAGCUGACUGCGCGCUGGGUUCUUAGUCCAGGCGUACCCAUCAUCGCCAUCGCCGUAGACGAGCAAUACUCAGCCAAGCGCUAUGCUCAGAACCGCAUUUGGGCGGUCGCUUUGAACGCUCUCGGCGAGAUCUUCUACUUGACCAAAUUUCCAACCCGCAGCCAGGCCCCAAAGGAUGACAUUGAGCAAUACUCAGAAUACCUGGGCUGGCUUACUGGUCGCAGCGUGUACUGGAACCUGGUAGAGCCUAGCCGGCGCACUGCACGACCAGAUCCAUACAGCGACGCUGAUGUUGACGGCAGCUACUCGCCCCGAACAUCGUGGGAUGGCAUGUGCUUGAGCAAGGAGCAAAUCACCGCCGAGACCAGGGAGAUACAACAGUUCCUUCGCAAGGAACCCAAGCAUUUCCGAAAGACGUGCCUUGGAUGGGAUAUGCGUCGAAGACUUGAGGUCGACUUUGCUGGCGAUGACGGCAACCACGCUGGAGAGGCCAUGGUCGUCUUCGAAUGCGGGCUUGAAGAAGGAGACGUUGCGGACGUCAGACGUUUCACUCGAUGCAAGACUGACCAAGAAAAAAGUACAACUACCUCGAGUCGUAUCAUGACGCCUCAGCCUGCGCCGACUACAUCCCUGUUCGGCGGUCCAGGCACAGGAACUCUAGAUUCCUCUUCUCUUCGUCAGCGCAGUUCUUCGUACAUGUCGACUACGAGUUCGCCAGAACGAGCAAGCCUGUCCGAAGAAGAAUGGAGGUGUUCAAAACUCACUUUCGGUGGCUUCAAGAGCACCCAGCUUACCACUACCACUUUAGACGUCUCUACUUUCGCCACUCUAACCCUGUCUGAAGAUCCCGCGCUCGGUUUCUCAACUUCUUCCACUGCGUCUUCGCCCUACGCUUCCCCAAUGUCAGUUGCAAGUCAGCCUGCAUCUCCCUCUGACAUUCCUGGUCAGCGCGCGAGAUUCGUGGCUGCUGGCACCAAGUCUGGUGUAGUGCUGCUUUGGGAUAUCCGGGCGCCCACAUCGCGCUCGUCCGAGUAUACAAACAACAUCGACCCUCUUCGGAUCAUCUACACCGACUCACCAGAGAUAUCAUGCUUGGCUGUCACCUCUCUUUAUCUCGUAGCAGGCGGAAAUGACGGCCUGGUACAGGCAUGGGACCCGCUGGCUUCGAGUAUGUCACCUAUCACAACACUUCACUCUCGACAUGCUUCGCGUGCUCGGAGACAACUCGUACAGGCACAAGCCUCUGUCCAAGGAGUCGGUAUCAACAUGUUCGCUGCCGGUGCCGUCUGUCUGGACCCUGAUCCGACUGUCUUGCGAGGUGCAGUAUCGCUUGGUAAUCAGCUUCGGUUCUGGAGUUACAGCUCAUCUGCCGCCGAUCAGUACAGAAGCAGCAAACGUAGACUUCGAAGAGCUGAACGCGGAAGUAAUACUGCUGAGCGCUUUGCUGGCACGGGCAGAGUUAACUUGAAGAACUACAUCGCCAACGAGCAUUCUGAGCUGGAGCGUGACAGGCAAGAACGUCAAAAGCAGGCCGAGCGCUUGGCUGGUCGUUUUGGUACGGAGCUAUUGAGCGAGGACGAAGCUUUGGCAUACGCCGCGAUGCUUUCCCAGGAGACUAUGGAGGCGGAGGAGUUGCGCCGCAUCGAGCGCGAGAGUAGUGCCUUCAGCAGUGAGACUGUAACGCCAGAGCCGAGCAUUCAAGCUCAGCCUUCGUCGCCUGCCGUCAAGGAUGAUGAAGAGCUGGAUGCUGACAUUGCUGAAGCUAUUCGCCUCUCUCUUAAUGAGAGCUCUGGUGCUGACAUGUAUGAACCCGCCACUACGCCGCCUUCCGCGUUCGACAUUCCAAUCAAGUAUGCCAAAGGCAAAAAGUCUCUGCCGUCACGUUCUCAGGGCAGCACCCCCAGAAAAGACAGGACCACUGCUGGAUCGAGCAACGAGAGCGAGAUGUCGGAUUUGGAGUUUGCCAUGCAGUUGAGUCUUGCUGAAGAGCAGAGCAGGAAGGAUGCCGAAGACGCUUUUCCACCGCUUAGUCCAGCGGCUGGCAGCAAGGGCAAGGGGAGGAUGUGGUAA